CAGCCCAGUUCUGGGGUUGUGAUGACAUAGGUGUACCUUCUCCGUCUACUCCACCACCCAGAGCUGCCCUGAUGGCCGGAACUAUUCCAGACAUCCAUAUUGAUGAGGACUGUGAAGUGGCCAUGUCUGAAGCAUUCGAGGAAUUCUGCCAGAGAUGUGAUCAGCUUUAUAAACGAGUUGCUCAUAGCCCUGCGCCACCGCAGAAAGAAUUCAAAAAGGACUCUCGGUACUGGCUGCACAAGAACAGGAACAGACGAUCACAGCAGAAAUACAGUGACGAUGGCGAGCUCACAUACGACCAAGUCUUCUCUGUCAUUGGCAAGAGUGGAAGGCGCUUCAAGAAAGAUUCCCGUGUGUGGCUUCACAAGUCAUCCGACAGAGCGUACAUAACAAGCCAGUUACAGAAGAACUGCAACUGCAACGGCGUUCCCCGUACCAACGUUGACAAAAGGGUAACCCUUAGGAACAAGGUCACCACUACAAACCCAAUAUUUCUAAAUUGUAGUAUGAAAGUUCCUGACCAGCUCUGUGAAAAGUUGAGAGAUGCUGGAUGCGGCCGUAAACGGAAGAGAGGAGAAUUUAUGUCGUCUGCCCCGUCCUCCCCUGCAAAGAAAACCGAAUCUAAUCUUGCUACGCUGUCACGCAGUCUGGACAGGGAUGUGGGAAUUACAAGAUGUGUUAACAGGAUGGAUGGCGAUGCAAUUGGCCUCCUCCGUACCGCCUCAACUGAGACAGUUUAUGGCAGCUCAUCGGAUGAAGUCCAGCAGAAGUCACCAUGGCCAGACUUUCAAGCCAUGUCUGAUAACACGUCCUCCAACAAGCUGGACGGUGACCACUCGCCAGCUUCGUCGGAUGGAAGCACCCGCUUGAUCAAUGAGCAAUGCCAUGAUUCCGCGCCAAAUUCAGACACGUCACGAGGGGAUCUGAUGGACGACCAGGUGUCACUGCAUUUCAUAGUAGAGGAGUCGAGGUACGACCCCCCGAUAACACCCCCCGGAAGUCCCUGGCAAGAGCAAUGUGGGGAGAUGGACGUGGAAGUAGAAGCUGCCUUCUCCGAGGACAGCAAUUCAGAAUUACACUGGCGAAACUUCAACACCAACAACUAGGCAAUGUGCUAUCUAAUUGAUGUAAUUGAAACUGAAUAACAGUGAAUGUUCUAAAACACGCACACAAACCAAAAGCACAGCGAUUACGGUAAAUUCAAAAAUACUCUCACCACUUUUUAAGAAAAUGGUUCAGGUGUAUUGCAACAUAUUUGUAUUUGAAAAUAUAUCAUUAAGUUAAUAGAUUCAGUCUAUGUUGCUACACGUUACUGGUUAAUUUUGUAUUGUUUUUCUUUAUUUCAUUGUUGUCCUUUUCCUUAUGUUUGUUCCAUACUGCUAAAUGUUUAAAUCGGUGAAAGAAAGAAUUGAACAGUAAUUGUAACACGAAUGCCCAGUAUGAGACAUUUUUCCUGAAUCAGUCAUAUACCUUUUUGGGCAUGUUUGUAUUUCAACAUUUACAAUUCCCGAAAAGAAUAUUACCGCAAAAUAUGUACUACUCAACUACACGAAGCAGUUAAGCACCAGCAGAGCGCAUACAUGAAAAGCACAUUCUAGUUAAGAGUGCCAGUGACAAUGUUUGCCCACUAGAUUUAAACUUCUUGCAAUAUUUUAAAUAGCACUUUAUCAAUGUAAUGGUUCAAACAUCAACAUAAUAUUUUUAUAUAAAAUAUGAAACCAUA